AAGAAGAUGAAGCAGAGCUUAGCAGAUGACACGGAAGACGUGUCCCUCGACUUUGGGAAUGAAGAGGAGCUGGCCUUAAGGAAGGCAAAAGUCAGGUACCCGCUGGCCACCUUUUUCCACCUCUUCUUCCGUGUGAGCGCCAUCAUGACCUACCUCAUCUGCGACUGGUUCAGCAAAAGCUUCAUCGCCUGCUUCCUCGUCAUCCUCCUCCUCCUCUCCUUUGACUUCUGGUCUGUGAAGAAUGUCACCGGAAGGCUGCUGGUUGGUUUGCGAUGGUGGAAUCAGAUCGACGAGGAUGGGAAGAGCCACUGGGUGUUCGAAGCAAAGAAGGGCUCCUCUGCUGUGGCCCCCCCCACUGAGGUCGAAGCCCGGAUCUUCUGGCUCGGGCUGAUCAUCUGUCCCGUCAUCUGGAUCCUUUUCUUCUUCAGCACCUUGUUCUCUUUGAAGUUGAAAUGGCUGGCACUGGUGGUAACUGGCAUCUGUCUCCAGACGGCUAACCUUUAUGGCUAUAUCCACUGUAAACUAGGGGGAGCCCCCCAAACCAUCCGCAAAGUCACCCCACGCUUCCCGGCACAGGAGAUCUUCCAGAAGGGAGGAUCAGAAGACUUUCAGAAAAACGCCCUGAAGCAUCUGGGGACCCAAAGUCAUUAGAACAGGGAUGUCUGGAGAGUCCCCGGGGGACAG